CUUGCUCUCUCUCAGUGCGUGUGUGUUGACAUUAUUAUCCAGUGUGCUCCCAGCUCAGAAUGGCCAGAUUCACUCAGACUGAAACAAGAAGGCAGCAGCAAUCACAGCAGCCCCAUCCCGCUCACACAAGCCUAGUUUUCACUGGACCUGGGGUACCACCGACCGAACAACAACUACUACUUAUCCCUCACCAGCACCAGUACUCUCAGAUCACAUUUGCUAAACCCAUGAACGGGUCAGAAUCCAUUUCCAUUCAUCCGGAGAGCGGCAAUAUGAAAGACCAAGAUGCCAUAAAGCUGUUUGUCGGGCAGAUACCGCGGAACUUAGAGGAAAAGGACCUGAAUCCUCUGUUUGAACAGUUCGGAAAAAUCCACGAACUGACUGUUCUAAAGGACCGAUACACCGGCAUGCACAAAGGCUGUGCGUUCCUCACCUACUGCGCCCGCGAGUCGGCCAUCAAAGCCCAGAACGCCCUCCAUGAACAGAAAACACUGCCAGGGAUGACUCGCCCCAUCCAGGUGAAGCCGGCUGACAGUGAGAGCCGUGGAGAAGACAGGAAGCUGUUUGUGGGGAUGCUGAACAAACAACAGACUGAGGAGGACGUGUACCGCCUCUUUGAGCCCUACGGAGUCAUCGAGGAGUGCACCGUCCUAAGAGGUCCUGACGGAAACAGCAAAGGCUGUGCCUUUGUAAAGUUCUCCACACACGCUGAGGCCCAGUCUGCAAUCAGUGCCCUCCAUGGCAGCCAGACCAUGCCAAACGGCUCCGAUUCUCUCCCCCCCCAGGGCGCGUCCUCCAGCCUGGUGGUGAAGUUUGCAGACACCGACAAGGAGCGCACCAUCCGCCGCAUGCAGCAAAUGGUUGGCCAGUUUGGCAUCUUCAACCCAGCCAUUGCCCUGCCCUUCAGCACCUACAGCACCUACGCACACGCAGCACUGCUGCAGCAUGACAAUGAGCUCAUGCAGCAACAGGCAGCCAUCAUGGCAGCGAGCCACGGAGGCUACCUGACUCCCAGCGUGGCCUUCCCCGCCACCCAGAUUCACCAGAUGGGGGCGCUCAACAUCAAUGGUCUCCCACACAACUCCAUGACCCCGGUGUCGGCUGAAUUUCAUCAGGCGCUGGGUGAGCAAUGGGUUUCAUUCCCUUUGGGCCUCAGCUCUCCACCAGCCAACAUCACCACUCCCAGCAUCGUCACUCCCAUCGUCAACAGCUUCACGGGUAUCCCCCACCAUCAGCCCAACGGACAUCCCACCGUGGAGACCAUGUACACCAAUGGUCUCUCGCCCUACACCACCCAGAGCCCCACCGCCGCAGACACCCUCCAGCAAGCCUUCACCGGAGUACAGCAAUACACAGCUAUCUACCCAGCAGGCACACUGACUCCCAUAGGCCAGACUCUUCCUCAGCCAUCACAGGGCAUCCAGCAGCAGCAACAGAGAGAAGGUGAGGGGCCCGAGGGCUGUAACCUGUUCAUCUACCACCUGCCACAGGAGUUUGGAGAUAAUGAACUCAUGCAGAUGUUUCUACCUUUCGGGAGCGUCAUCUCCUCCAAGGUCUUCAUGGACCGAGCCACCAACCAGAGCAAAUGUUUCGGGUUUGUGAGCUUCGACAACCCAGCUAGCGCGCAGGCAGCUAUUCAAGCCAUGAAUGGCUUUCAGAUUGGAAUGAAGAGGUUGAAAGUCCAGUUAAAACGACCAAAGGAUGCCAGCCGUCCUUACUGACACAACCUAGCCAUCAGUAUUCACUGCAACAGCACAGGUUUUGAGAAAACUGAAGAUAUCUUGGAGGAGUUCAACUUUUUUCUUUGAAAACAACAAAAAAAUGUUUUAAAAAACAUCAACACAAGGAAUUUUUGAAGACAUAUCAGCAUUUACUUAUGAAGAAGACGUAGGCUACUGCAGCGAUAGAAGGAGGUGUGGAGUUAGCAGAAACUACACCGAAGGACUUCAACAACAACGCAACAAACCAUACAGUGCAAGACAGACUAGAGAAGUAGAAAACUCAAAAAAGAUGUGAAACUCUUAACAACAGAACUUUUCUUGUUGAGACUUGAAUUGUUAAUUAAGCAACAAACAAACAAAAAGCAGCAACAACAAAUAGAUUUAUAUAUACGUAUUAUA